AUGACGCAGGGCAGCAUGAGCCGCGAGGGCCCUCACCAAACGCGCACAACAUCGCAUGGACAUGGCUCUCCGCAAGCCGAUAUACCUGUGGAGGAGUCUCACGCAAAUGCCGCAUCACACGCACGCCCGGAUGACAUGUCUCGGAGGGCCUCGGGCACUGCGACAGCAGCUGGCCGAAGACCGUCGUCCAGCUACGGCGUGCCGGACUCGUACCAGAACCUCGACGAUGUCUUCGAGGAGGCGCCGGUCCCGAGCCCGGAGGAGGGCCGCAUGCGACGGCGCGCCUCGCGCGAGGAGCGGUACGGGGAGCCGCAGCGGCGCACGAGCUCCUCGGCGCGCCGUCGCCGCCGCUCGUCCGCCGGGGGAGGAGGAGGAGGCGGCGGCGGCUACGAUGUCCCCGACUCCUACGUCAACGUUGGCGAGCUGUUCAGCGCCGGCCCCGUGCAGAACCCGGACGAGGCCGCCCUGUACAGGCACGAGUCCCUCGAGGAGUCCCGCAGCCACGACCAGGAGUACCUGAAGGACCAGCGCCAGCGGAGGAGGGCAUCGCGCGGCAGUAUCAGCGGAGCACCGCCCUCGCCGCUUCAGCCGCCGCCUGCGGAGGAGGAGAAGACGCAGCAGGGGGAGGGGGAGGGGGAGGGGGAUGCUGGCCAGAUUAACGUCUCCAGGGCGGCUACACAGGUCUACACCGUCUCGUAUCUCAUCCUGUUCUCCAUCUUCGGCACGCUUGCCCGUCUCGGCCUGCAAGCCCUGACCUCCUACCCCGGCGCACCGGUCAUGUUCAGCUCGGUCUGGUACAACUUUGCAGGGAGCCUGGUCAUGGGCUUCCUCGCGGAGGACCGCAUGCUCUUCCGCGACGAGUGGGGCACCCCGGCGUACGACCAGCAGAUCGAGCAGGCGCGGCGCAAGCAGCGCGACGAGGAGAGCGGCGGGUCGGCCUCGGGGGAGGCCGACGUCAACCUGGCCGCGGCCAAGAAGGCACAUCUGGCGGCCAAGAAGACGAUACCACUCUAUAUCGGGCUGGCGACGGGCUUCUGCGGCUCCUUCACCUCGUUCUCGUCCUUCAUUCGGGAUAUCUUCCUUGCCUUGUCCAACGACCUGACGACUCCUGGAGCCGGCAGCACGACUAUACCGAGGAAUGGGGGUUACUCGUUCAUGGCACUGCUCGCCGUCAUACUGACGACGGUAUCGUUGUCUCUGGCGGGCCUGUUCAUCGGCGCACACCUUGCCAUCGCCCUGGAGCCGGUUACGCCCAGCCUGCCGUUCAUCUUCACGCGGAAAGUGAUCGAUCGCUUGUCAGUAUUCCUCGCCUUCGGGUGCUGGAUCGGAGCCAUCGUCCUGUCCAUCGUCCCGCCGGACCGCUUCUCCCACGGUCUGGGGCCCGCCGAGAAGUGGCGUGGCAGCGCGACGUUCGCCCUGGUGUUCGCGCCGCUCGGCUGCCUGGGCCGCUUCUACGCGUCGCUGCACCUCAACGGCCGGAUGGCGUCGUUCCCGCUCGGCACGUUCGCCGUCAACAUGGCGGGCACCGUCGUCCUGGGCAUGGCCUGGGACCUGGCGCACGUGCCGGCGGGCGGCGUCGUGGGCUGCCAGGUGCUGCAGGGCAUCGAGGACGGCUUCUGCGGGUGCCUCACGACGGUGUCGACGUGGGUGGCGGAGCUGGCGGCGCUGCGCAGGCGCCAUGCCUAUCUGUACGGGACCGCCAGCGUCGUGGUCGCGGUCGCGUGCAUGGUUGCCAUAAUGGGCGGGCUGAGGUGGACGCAGGGGUUUUCGGGCCUGAUGUGUGUGCAUUGA